AUGGAGCAUCUCGGCAAUAUUCUCACGCUUUUGGGCCGCCUUUUUGGACUAGUAUGCCUGUACCGUAUAUAUGACCGGUUUACAAAUCCUCUUUCUCGAAUUCCAGGCCCUGAAAUCGCAAAAUGGACCAAUCUAAUUUACACAUACUACUGGUUCAAAGGCCAGAUCCCAAACUACAUCCACCGACUGCAUGAAGAAUAUGGCCCUACUGUUCGAACCAGCUUGACUCAGAUUGAUAUCUGUGAUAUAAACGCCGCGAGGGAAAUAUACAAAACCAAGAGUCGCUUUCCGAAGUCAAAAUGGUACCACACUCUGGUCUCAAAUAACAUUCGGACUGUCUUUUCUACUACCGACACUCAGUUUCAUUCUUCCCGCAGACGCCUUUUGGCAUCUCCGAUUUCCGAUUCUUCACUUACUCGUUUCGAGCCUCUGAUCUCCAACCGAGUACAAAUUGCGAUCGACAGAAUCGGUGAAGAGAUGAAAGAUCGCGGUGCAGCCGAUGUAUUCAAGUGGUGGCUAUUCAUGGCGACAGAUGUUAUCGGCGAGCUGAGCUUCGGGGAGUCAUUCCGAAUGCUCGAGGCUGGCAAGAAAACGCAAUACAGCUUGGACCUCGAAUAUGUAUCGAAUCUCCAACCUAUUCGAACGACUUUCCCACUGCUUGUGCAAGCCGCAGCCUGGCUGCCAUUGCCUAUCAUCAAUAGAACUGCCGCAGUUGGAAAAAGAAUCGGUCUUUACGCUUCUCAAUCCAUCGAACGGUACAAGAAAAUGAUCGAUGAGAACCCCGCCGAUCCCAAACCCACCCUGUUCACAAAGCUGUUUGAUGCAGAGAAGAGCAGAUUGACGCACGAAGAUAUCAGACAGGAAGCGCAGGGGUACAUCGUCGCGGGAAGUGAUACCACCGCUGUGACAUUAACUUACCUCGUGUACGCUGUUACUCGCCAUCCGCAAAUCCAAGAGAAGCUGGUGGCUGAGCUAGCGACGAUCCCGCAGCCCGUAUAUGAUCGAGAACUUCGAUCCCUGCCGUAUUUGAAUCAGAUCAUAAAAGAGACACUUCGAUUGUACACUGCUGUUCCAUUUGGUCUACCCCGUAUGACCCCAUCCGAAGGGGCUCAUUUCAAUGGCUACUUUGUUCCUGGUGGCACUACAGUGUCUUCUCAAGCUUAUAGUCUGCAUCGUGAUCCGGAGAUAUUUCCUGAGCCUUACAGUUUUCGACCCGAGCGAUGGGAACUCCCAACUAAAGAGAUGAAGGAUGCUUCAUUGCCGUUUGGCGGAGGCGCACGAAUCUGUCUAGGAAUGCAUCUCGCACUCAUUGAACUGCGUCUAGCGAGUGCAUUCUUUUUCCGAGAAUACUCCCACGCCCGCCCAUCAGACAAAGAAGGGAUGACCGAUGAGGACAUGACAAUGAAAUCAUUUUUCUUGAUGGCCCCGCAGGGUCAUAGGUGCCUUAUUGAGGCCUAA